CCAAACUUUCUGAAAGGACGACGAAUUCUCAUUUACUUCCUCGUGCCUUUCUGUCUUCUGUUUGCCGUCUUGGGUUUAAUGGCCUAUAUUUUCAUAUGUCGAAGGCGGAGCUCAUCUAGCAACUCUCUGUCCUCUAGCAACGAACGUUGUAUUCUGCGAACGACAGAAAUCAGUCCGCAGGCCUAUCAGAUAUCUAUGAAUGGGAAAAAGCCAUCGAGUCUGAAUGUCUCCUCACGUCAUUCUUCUCAUAGCCAGAACACUGGAAAGCAAGCAUAUUCUUUGCUUGGAGUUCAAUCCCCUUUGUUUCACAGUGAAAUCAGACCGAAUGCAAACACGAACGGAUUUGAUCAACAUUUGAGCCCACAAAAUCCGCCGUCUAACACUGCAUACUACGCUGUGGGUGUAUCUCCUUUUCAGGCCAAUUCAGUCGCCUCGAUGAACUCGAAUAUGCAACUUGUUACAAACGGGAAUCCUAUACAGACUACAAAUAGUACCGUGCUGUCCAGUAGUGUUGGUUACAUGACUGCUGCACAUCCAUCUCAAAGAACUAUGGCUUAUGGUCAACAACUACCUGGGACAAACAUGUAUACUACGGGCUGUGAUUUCACGCCCGGCUCAUCGCAACCAUCGUUCUACCGACCAGGAUCAACAGCUCCCAGCUCUAAGUGUGAUGCAUCCAUGGCCGGAAUCCCUUAUUCAAUGACACAAUUUCCAAAUAAUACGACUACUCCUUUGAUGAAUAUGCCUAUGAAUCAAAUCAACUCGAAUGAUGUGUCCUUCGAUCAGUACUCGGCCGUUAGUCAAAGCCCGCUAUCCUCAAGUACAUUGACAAAUCAUUACACUGCUCCGUUUGGAGAAUACUCUCGGGGAUUUAUACCCGAUGGGAUGGAGCAGACCAAUACAAAUCAGUCAGGUUUUCCUCAAUCUUGA